AUGAGUGACAGCAGAGGUUGGUUAAAAAAGUACAGUUGGACGAGGAGCAGGAUUGCUGUGAGCAUCCGGCCAAAGAACUACCAGCAUUCCUUGUCCUUGGUAUUUGCAGUGAAGGAAGUCAAUGAGAACUCCAAGAUCUUACCAAAUGUCAGCCUGGGGUUCCACAUUUAUGACAGUUACUUUAAUUCAAGGCUUACUAAUCAGAACACCCAGCAGCUUCUCUCCUCUCAAGACAUGAUGGUCCCCAAAUUCAAGUGUGACAAGCAAAAACAUCUGAUAGCUGUCAUUGGAGGAUCUGACCAUAAAAUCUCCCUUCAACUGGAUACUAUUUUGGACAUUUACAAGAUUCCACAGAUUGCCUAUGUUGCAUUAUCUCCAAUGAUCAGUAUUAAAACCCAGCUACCUUCAUUUUAUCGAAUGGCUCCUAAUGAAGCACAUCAGUACAAUGGGAUUGUCCAUCUCCUUCUGCAUUUCCAGUGGAUUUGGAUUGGAAUCAUCACAGCAGACAAUGAUGAUGGAGAAAAUUUUCUGCAAAUAUUGACACCAAUGCUUUCUAGGAAUAAAAUAUGUACAGCUGUCAUUGAAAAAUACCCAGAGCCAUCAGAUUUUAUAGAGAAAAUGAGUUCAGUCGAAUUUCUUCGGGCUAUGGCCAUUACAUUAACCAGUUCAAAAGUCAAAGUAUAUCUUAUGUAUGCGGAUAUUGUGACCAUUGGAUCUUUUAAAUGUUUCAUCUAUUUCACCACACUAUCUGAAGGUAUUACAGAGAAUGCUUUGUACAGAUUGUGGAUCAUGACUGCUCAUUGGGAUUUCUCAUCCUAUGCCGUGCACAGGGAUUUAGAUAUACAAAUCUUUGGUGGUGCCUUGUCUUUUUCAACUCACUCCAAUGAAGUCUUGGGGUUCAAAGAAUUCCUCCAGCUCCUACAACCUAAUGUGCCCAAAGGAGAUGGCUUUCUCAGAGUCUUCUGGGAAAAGGCAUUCAACUGCUUAUUUUCUGGUUCUAAUGUGCACAAGGAGAGUGAUGAUGCCUGCACUGGCGAAGAGAAGCUGGAAAGCCUACCUGGGGCUCUGUUUGAAAUGAGCAUGACUGGCCAAAGCUACAGCAUCUACAAUGCCGUCCAUGCCAUAGCACAUGCUCUAAAAAAGAUAUACACAUCCAGGCCGAAACCCAGAGCAAUGGCUGACAGGGGUAGAUGGGAUCUUCAGAAUCUGCAACCUUGGCAGGUAAUAUUUCACAUCCACAGCAGCUUUCUUGCUACACCAGUUGUGCACACAAUGGCUGCAUUUGCACGUAACGGCAAACUGCAGAUAGAUAAUCCUGAGGUUAAUUUUUCUAACUAUGAAACGCAUUGCAGACAUUCAAUGGAUCCAAGGAAGGGGAACCCCUCCCUCUUCCUGGUAUGCCGAGUCUGCAUCCUAGCAAGCUCAAGAGCGGUCACAUCACCUGACUAUGGUCAAGCCAUCAGAACACCUGCAGGGCAGCAGCCAUUAGCCAUGAUCCUCAAAGGGGUACACCCUUUCCUGAGGAGCAUCUCAUUUAACAACAGCGCUGGGGACACCGUGGUUUAUAAUGAGGAUGGUGAACUAGCAGCUGGAUUUGAUGUCAUAAACUGGGUUACUUUCCCAAACCAAUCUUUCCACAGAGUGAAAGUAGGAAGGAUAGAUCCACAGGCUUUACCAGGCCAGGAAUUCACCAUUAACCAGGAGGUCAUCACAUGGCACAGCAUGCUUAAUCAGGUGGAAGCUGACUACCAGUAUGAAAUAAAUGGGAAACGCAACAAAAUGUUGAAUCCUCUCAAAUUUAAUACCCACUUCCAGGAUAUGGAAUCAAGCAGGAUAAUUCCUCAGACGGAUUUUGUCUGCUUUUUACCUACUGCUAGUUUAAACAUUCUUUAUAUCCUGGCUCCACUAAACAUGGUGUUGCCCCUUGCUGUGUGUAAUAACAAUUGCCAUCCAGGUUACAGAAGAAAAACAAAAGAAGGGGAACCAUUUUGUUGCUAUGAUUGUGUUCCUUGUUCAGAUGGGGAAAUUUCAGAUCAGAAUGACUUGGAUGACUGUUUCAAAUGCUCAGCAGAUCAAUUUCCAAACAAGAACCAAGAUGGGUGUCUUCCAAAGCGACUACAUUUCCUCUCUUUCUUGGAAGUUUUGGGGAUUGUUUUGGUUGCCUUGGCUCUGUCUUUUUCUGCAAUCACAGUCUUGGUGAUGACUAUUUUCAUUAAGAACAAGAACACUCCCAUUGUCAAGGCCAACAAUAGAGGUCUCACCUAUGCUCUGCUCAUCUCUCUACUCCUCUCCUUCCUCUGCUCCUUGCUAUUCAUUGGCCAGCCUCGGAAUGUGAACUGCUACUUACGACAAACAGCUUUUGGUGUCAUCUUCACAAUGGCUGUUUCUUGCGUGUUGGCAAAAACCGCCACUGUGGUUCUGGCUUUCCUGGCCACUAAGCCAGGGAGCAGGAUGAGGAAAUGGGUUGGGAAAAGAUUGGCAAACUCUAUUGUUCUUGGUUGCUCCUUGAUUCAAGCAAGCAUUUGUACUGUAUGGCUAUGUACUGCUCCUCCAUUCCCAGAUGUGGACAUGCACUCUCUGGCUGAAGAAAUCAUACUGGGAUGCAAUGAAGGCUCAGUCGCUAUGUUUUAUUGCGUCCUGGGGUACCUGGGAUUCCUGGCUAUUGUUAGCUUUGCAUUGGCUUUCCUAGCCAGGAAGUUACCAGACAGUUUCAACGAAGCCAAAUUUAUCACUUUUAGCAUGUUGCUCUUUUGCAGUGUCUGGGUGUCCUUUUUCCCAACUUAUCUGAGCACCAGGGGAAAGUAUACUGUGACUGUAGAGAUCUUCUCCAUUUUGACCUCUAGUGCUGGAUUACUGGCUUUUAUCUUUUCCCCCAAAUGCUACAUAAUCAUCCUGAAGCCUGGCUUGAACAGCAAGGACCAGCUAAUUAGGAGAAAAUAG